GAAGCCUUAAAGCAAAGGCCGCGGGCCAUUGCUUUUCCCCUGAGCCCACCAUGUGCUUCAGACUUCUCUGCUGUGUGGCCCUUUUUUUCUGGGGAGCAGGCUCCAUGGACACCCAGGUCACCCAGAGUCCUAGAUACCUGGUCAGAGGGAAGAAACAGUCAGCAAAGAUGAAUUGUAUCCCUGUAAAAGGACACAGUUAUGUUUAUUGGUAUCGACAAAAGUUGGAAGAGUUCAAGUUUUUGGUUUACUUACAGAAUGAAGAUAUUCUUGAUAAGAUAGAGAAGUUUGAAGAUCAGUUUUCGGCUCAAUGCCCCAAAAACUCACCCUGCAGCCUGAAAAUCGAGUCCACUGAGCCAGGGGAUUCAGCCCUGUAUUUCUGUGCGAGCAGCAAAUCCACAGGUUUGACUGAACUUUUCUUUGGAGCAGGCACCAGGCUCACAGUUAUAGAGGACCUGAAAAAGGUGAGCCCUCCCAAGGUCACAGUGUUCGAACCAUCAGAAGCAGAGAUCUCCCGGACCCUGAAGGCCACGCUCGUGUGCCUGGCCACAGGCUUCUACCCCGACCACGUGGAGCUGAGCUGGUGGGUGAACGGGAAGGAGGUGCGCGACGGGGUCAGCACGGACCCUGAGCCCUACAAGGAACAGUCCGGCGCGAGUGUCUCCAGCUACUGUCUGAGCAGCCGGCUGAGGGUCUCCGCCACCUUCUGGCACAACCCUCGGAACCACUUCCGCUGCCAGGUCCAGUUCCACGGGCUCGGGAAGGAUGACCAGUGGGACUACCCCGAGGCCAAACCCGUCACCCAGAACGUCAGUGCCGACACCUGGGGCAGAGCAGACUGUGGCUUCACUUCAGCGUCCUACCAGCAGGGGGUCAAUAAUGAGCAGCACUUUGGGCCAGGGACCCGGCUCACUGUCCUAGAGGACCUGAAAAAGGUGAGCCCUCCCAAGGUCACAGUGUUCGAACCAUCAGAAGCAGAGAUCUCCCGGACCCUGAAGGCCACGCUCGUGUGCCUGGCCACAGGCUUCUACCCCGACCACGUGGAGCUGAGCUGGUGGGUGAACGGGAAGGAGGUGCGCGACGGGGUCAGCACGGACCCUGAGCCCUACAAGGAACAGUCCGGCGCGAAUGUCUCCAGCUACUGUCUGAGCAGCCGGCUGAGGGUCUCCGCCACCUUCUGGCACAACCCUCGGAACCACUUCCGCUGCCAGGUCCAGUUCCACGGGCUCGGGAAGGAUGACCAGUGGGACUACCCCGAGGCCAAACCCGUCACCCAGAACGUCAGUGCCGACACCUGGGGCAGAGCAGACUGUGGCUUCACUUCGGCGUCCUACCAGCAGGGGGUCCUGUCGGCCACCAUCCUCUAUGAGAUCCUGCUGGGGAAGGCCACCCUAUAUGCCAUCCUGGUCAGCGUCCUCGCGCUGAUGGCCAAGGUCAAGAGAAAGGAUUCCUGAGGCCAGCUCCAAAAGCGUAUCCUGAGUUCAUAAUCCUCACCCCGGAUUCUCCUUUCCAUGCGUCCAGCCUGUGUUUCUAAAAGCAUGAUUCUCUCUCCGCCUCUUAUCUCCUUCCUGCCGGGUUAUCUGUCCCUUCGCCCCACUUCCCUGUGGAUUGAGCUCCUCAGCCCUGACACUGAAAGAGACUAAAACAAUAAAAAGCAUCGUGCCAGGC